AUGGCUUCAAGUGACAACGAUGAGGUGUUGGUCGAUUUUGAUGGCAGGUCGCUUAAAGUCGACAAUGAAAAGGAUGCAAAUGAAAUUGUUGAGAAUAUUAAAAAGGAUUAUAUGAUGUCUGCGUUGCGCCUCUCCGCUAAUACCAUAGGUGUCAAUGGAGCCAAAGCCAUCGGCGACGAAUUGGCAUUUCAUAAAAAUUUAAAACGAUGCCUUUUCAGUGACAUCUUUACCGGUCGGUUGGUCGAUGAGAUUGCUCCAGCUUUGAUGCAUUUUUCUAAAGGAAUUAUGACGUCAGGGGCUCGGCUUACUGAACUUGAUCUCAGUGAUAACGCCUUUGGCCCUCGGGGUGUUGUAGGUGUAACAGAACUUCUUUCUAGUCCUGCGUGUUUCACCCUGAAGAUUUUACGAAUGAACAAUCAAGGUCUUGGCCAUCAAGGAGCGAAACAUUUAGCUGAGGCUUUAUCGAAGGGUCUCAAAGAAAGCGAUGGUAAAGGGCUCAAAUUGACCCACUUUUCUGCCGGGCGUAACCGUCUAGAAAACUAUGGUGCCUGUCUACUCGCAGAUGUAUUCGCUCAAAUGGGCUCGUUGGAAGAACUUGCUCUUUAUCAAAAUGGUAUUGGGAUUCAUGGACCUGAGGGAAUGAAGGCACUUGCUUCAGCUAUUUCUCAGAAUUCCAAUAUGCGCAUUUUAAACCUUUCGGAUAAUUCUUUGAAGGAAGAGGGAGGCUCUGAAGUGGCGAAGAUCCUUAAAUCAAUUCCAAGUUUGGAGGAGCUUAUCUUAGACGAUUGCUUAAUCCGCUCCAAAGGUUGUCGCGCUUUAGCCCACUACAUCGAGCGUGAAGACAUUGUUCCCAGCCUCACUCGCCUGAGUCUCUAUGGUAAUGAGAUUAAACGCGAUUCUGCCAUCUCCCUGGCAUUCGCACUGGUUUCUAAAUCCCAGCUCAACCAUCUCUGUCUUAACGCAAAUGAAUUCGGCCCAUCCGGUAUACAGGCCAUCUUACAGGUUCUUGAAUCGCUGAAUUUGUUGCCAGCCCUCAGAGCAAGCAUCAGCAGGCAGGGAGAAGACGAAGAGGAGGAUGACGACGACGACCUUCUCCUCGCCUUUGAUGAAGAUAUUGGUGAGGAUCAGGAAGAGAGUGAAGUUGAAAAUGAGGAUGAGGAGCAGAGUUAUGAUGGAGAUUACUAUGGUGAUGAUAAUGGCACGACGAGCGAGGAUGAAGGAGAAGAUAACGAACGGGACACUUCUUUCAAUACCGUCAAAUAUAUGCCCACAAAACUCUCAGGUGAACCAGCCGCGGCGCAGGCUGGUCAAGGUGCUGGUGCAGGUGGAUUCAGUUUCCUCUCUUGCUUGUCCUCUCUGAAGGAGAAUCAGCAGCCAACGAAAUCGGGACUUUUUGCAGACAUCAAUAUGCUCGGUAGUAGCACCUCUUCACCAAGUGGCGGACUUUUUGGUGGCCUUGGGACCACAAAUUUCUCAGGAGGUCUUUUUGCGCCCCCGAAACUUGGCUCGCUAUCUUCCGGAUUAUUUUCCACUCCUGCUGAUUUCAACGAAUCUGCACUUCUUGAUUCUCUAAGGGCAACUUUCAGUGACACUGAAGAUGAAAAUAUGAUCACAUCUCUUAUCGACCAAGUUUCUAAGCAGGCACCCCCUUCAACUUGGAAGUUACAGGGUGAGAGCAUAGUGGACUGGGCUUCACCUGAGUCUCUUGUGCGGUUGGCUUUCCGAAUCUCUCAGAAGACCUCGGCUCCCGCUUGUCAAAAUCUCGCUUCUGAUCUUAUUUUCUCUGCUCUCUCACAGAAAACCAACAGUGUUGACACUUCAUUUGUCGAACCUGCGUCAAGAGCGGUGAAUUCUAUCCUUCUACACGUAGGUGCCAUCAAAGCAGAUAAAAGUGAUUCUCUUGAACGCAAGAUUAAUGAAGAAAUCGAGGAUCAGAAGACCAUGAAAACUAAUGUAAAUUUGGUUUCCUCUUUGCUUAACCGCUAUGGCGAUAAUUUGAGCGCAGAUGUGAAGAAGCCUCUGAAAUGUAUCAUUUCCUUACGACGCAAUCAAAGCACUGCUCUAGAAACUCUCUUAACAACCCUUGAAAGCAAAAUGUCAUCUCUAAAUCUAAUGAACCAGUUUGUCAAAAGAUUUCUACUCGCCUCAUCAGCUUUUACGACGGGCUGUGUUGUCACAGCAACUGGGAUCUGUCUCUGGGAUAAGGAGAGCUCAGUGAGAAGGGUCGUGAGUCGAACGGCUCCUCCGGGCCACUCCCUUAAUUCUCCUAGGUCUUCAAUUUUCAGUCCCUACUCCCCACUACCUCCUGCGGUAGCGCAGGUUGGCCUGCCUGACCCUGAGCCAUUGAAAAUUUUGCCCGGUUACAUUUGCCAAUAUGAUCGGCGAAAUCGCAUUCCUCGAUGGACAUUGGAAUUACUCGUCAAAGAAAAUCUUCUUGGGGAUUCAAAUGAACUUGUUAGCAGGGAGAAUUUCGCUUUCAUCGAGGAUUUGAGUGAGCCAGCAGCGUUUCGCAGCACUAAUGUAGACUACGCCAGAUCUGGCUACGAUCGAGGUCACAUGGCCGCGGCGGGCAAUAAUUUAUUCAAUGCCGAGUGUAUGGACUCAACUUUCCUUUUCUGCAAUAUUGCUCCUCAAGUUGGCCGUGGCUUCAACAGGAAUAUCUGGAAUUCUCUCGAGAAGCAUAUCCGCAAAAUUGCUAGAAACUCAGCUAACGUUGUGGUCGUAACAGGUCCUCUUUUCAUUCCCGGUUCAACAGUUUCAGACCUUGGACAUCGACUGGUCGUGUAUGAAUUGAUUGGCCCGAAUAGUGUCGCGGUUCCCACUCAUUUCUUCAAAGCGAUAGCUGUACAGGAGAGGCGUGGUGGUCCAUGGAAUACUUUUGCCUGGAUCAUUCCAAAUCGUGAGCUGCCUAUGGAGAAACCCUUUAAUGCAUUCGCAGUAUCCAUGAAAAAUCUUGAACAAGCCGCUGGUCUGGUUAUUUUUCCCAACCUAACCAAGACUUAA